AUGCCGCUCGACGAAGAGGGCGCAAAGUGGUCCUGUGAACCAUGUAUCCGGGGCCAUCGAUCGUCAAAAUGCCAGCAUUUCGAUCGACUGAUGAUGAAAGUCCCGAAGGCUGGACGCCCGUUGGCCAAAUGCCCCCAUCCCAAAGGAACAUGCAGUUGUAAGAAGACAUAUGCAGUGAUGGUUCGCAUUCCAAAAGGAUCAACCUGCAUGUGUCGACCGUUGUACGAGGUGCCUAUUAAAGAUGAAACCGAUCAAGCGUCUACCCGUUCGACGACAACGCCAAUCACGAUCGCCCCGGCUAUUACUCCAAGCCCGGCUGCGCCAACUCCUCCGCCCGCUGUAGGAAAGAUCCAGAAAGCUGGAAGAAGGCAGAGCAACCUUCAGGCGGCACCUGAAAACAUUGCUAGAGCGUUGGAAUCCAUUGCCAAAGCGGAAAACCAGCGUUCUGAUAACGGUGCACCCAGUGAUUUGCCUUUGUAUACGCCGCAGAACCAAAGCGUUCCGGUCUCUUACGGUCCCUUGGGCCAACAACAGCCAAAUGUGACCCAGGACCAAGCCUAUGACAUUAGCAGAGUCACAGCCUCUGAGAGUAAAAGUUGCUGCUCAGGCAAAGCGGCCACUAUACCAACUCAACCGCCACCUGAGAAGCUAUCUCAACAAGGUUCUUGUUGUGGAAAGCAAGAACCGAAAGUAGAACAACACGGCACAUUCAAACCUGGACCAGAAGAAAACGGCACCGACCAUAAUGCAACAUCAAACGGUUCAACAGCAAAUGACUUACCUUACCCUCCCUUCCCUGCACCAACAUGGCAGGAUUUCCAUGCCCCUGGCCACAAUAUUUUGGUUCAACCCUUUCCGGUGCAUCAGCCACAAACUCAAGCACCCGCUUAUUUUCCACCUCCAUACGCGACAGCGUCGGGCUAUCCGUACCAAAACAUGCCACACAACGUUGGAUUCACACCAAUGGUCAUGCCGGCUUUUUCGUCGACACAACCUCAGAGCAUUCCGCAUACAUCGCCCACUGCUGAUUGCUCGGAGCACAUAUGUCAUUGCGGUGAUGGUUGCCAGUGCCUGGGGUGCGCCUCUCAUCCAUUCAACAAUACGACAAGACAACAUGUUCAAGAAAUGGGUCUUAUAGUAGGCAUCAAUGGUGAAGAACAAAACCGACACACUCCAUAUUCCACGAAUGCCGCCCCAACGCCGUUAGACUAUUCCGUUACCGCCAUGAACCAUUACUCAGGACAGACUCAUUCCCACCAGAUGGGCGGGGGCUACUCGCCUCACCUUGGCUAUGCACCAGAUCAUUUCAUGGAACCCUCCCAGUACUAUACACUGGAGUACCCUGUGGGAUUGCCAAGUUCCUGCUCCGAUGUGACUGGUAGUUGCCAAUGCGGGAAUGACUGCAGCUGCGUUGGCUGUCUUACGCACAGCGGUCACAAUGGUUUUACCUUCCAGCCGGUUCCAACAGAAAGUGUUGGCUUCCACGCCAGCCCACCGGCUCAGCAGUCGAGCCCCAAAUUGUCGAGAGAUCCCUCUGCUCCUUCGCCUAGUCUGUAG